AUGGAGGGAGUGGUCCGGGGCCUUCUCCUCCUGCUGGCAGGCCUGCCCGUCCUGGAAGCCAAUGACCUGGUUGAUAAAGACAGUCCCUUCUACUAUGACUGGGAAGGCCUGCAGCUGGGCGGGGUGAUCUGUGCGGCGCUCCUGUGCAUCGCUGGAAUCUUGUUUGCCCUGAGUGGCAAAUGCAAAUGCAAGCAAGAUCAUAAGCACAGCUCCUUACCCGAGAAGGCAGUUCCACUCAUCACUCCAGGCUCUGCCAGUACCUGCUGA